AUGCUGACAGAAGACAUGAAGCUCUGGCAGGGCUUAGUGAUUGCAGUGGUGUCCCUCAUCCUACAGGCCUGCCUCUUUGCGGCCAUCGGCUACCUGCUCAGCAGGCACAUGGCCAAGGAGAGUGAGCGGCUACUGAAAGGGGCCAGGCUCCAGGCCCCAAACCCCAGCCCUGCCCACCAUCAGCCACUUCCUGCCAAGGAGAAGACUCCCAGCACCUCUGUGUCUGAGCCCCAUUAUAGGCACGACAGCGACACAUCCUCAGGUAGCUCUGACAGCUCGGACAGCUCAGGCAGCUCGUCUCCAGCCUGCCAGGCCACGAAGAAUAUGAAUUAUGCACAAGUGGUCUUUUCUGCCACCAAAGAACUAAAAAAUGAAUCUUCCCUGGACUAUGAAAACAUCAAGGAAACCACAGAUUAUGUGAACGUCAAUCCAAAAAGCCACAAACCCAAUUUCUGGACUUUCGCAAAGCCUGCUGACUCUGAGCCGGUAGAGUACACGAAGGUGGCCCUGUGA